UGGUGGCCUCCCACGGUGGAUAGUUUUGUGCGCAUGAUCUGAGCACAGGGCGCUCGUGAGCUUGGCAGUUGCAGGUAGUUCGCGCUCAGAGAGACACUGAAAGCAGAAGAGCUGUCUCGGAAGGACGUACUUAAUGCAGCCCAAAACUAAAAAAUCUCAUCAUUGUAUUAGAAAUGCAUUUCCCAAGAGAUUUACAUACGACUUUUAGGAGCUUUGGGAAUUAAAACGCGCGCUCGGGUACGUUUCAGUACGCUGGACAGCGCACUCGGCUUGCGCUUCGUUCCACUUUUUUUUACUUUGGAGUUGAUACAUGCAUUUUUGUAGGAAGAUUAAACCGGACAAACUCAUGAGGAAUCAUGGAUGUUCCGGGCUUGGGUGCACCUCAGCGAGACUUCUAAAGUGAGACAUGGACUUGGCGGAGAUCCUGCUUGCACUUUUCAUCGUCGUAGUCGCGACGGUCUCGUUGCUGUCCAACUUGCUGGUCUUGCUAUGUUUUGCGCACAGCAGCGAGAUACGCAGGCAGGUGCCGGGCAUUUUCACGACGAACUUGUCCUUUUGCAACCUACUCAUCACCGUACUGAACAUGCCGUCCACGCUGGCAGGGAUCGUAAAAGACCAACAGCCUUUCGGGGACUGCCUGUGCCGCGCGGUCAGCUUCCUCGACACGUUCCUGACGGCAAACGCAAUGCUGAGCAUGGCGGCGCUCAGCAUCGACCGCUGGAUCGCCGUGGUGUUCCCGCUGAGCUACUCGAGCAAGAUGCGGUGCCGGGACGCGCUGCUGAUGGUGUGCUACGCGUGGCUCCACUCGCUCGCCUUCUCCGUGGUGGCGCUGCUGCGCUCCUGGCUCGACUACAGCCGCGCGUACGCGUCCUGCACCCUGCGCCUGAACGCCGAGAGCUCCCGCACCGACUUCGCCGCCUUUACCGUGGCCUUCCACGGCGCCAGCUUUAUGCUCUCGCUACUCGUGUUGUGCGUGACUUACUUGAAAGUGCUCAAAGUCGCACGCUUUCACUGCAAAAGGAUCGACAUCAUAACAAUGCAGACGCUCUUCCUGCUUGUUGACAUACACCCAAGCGUGAAACAACGUUGUUUGGUCGAGCAAAAGAGGAGGAAACAGCGCGCGACCAAGAAAAUCAGUAUAUUCAUUGGGUCGUUUAUUAUCUGUUUCGCCCCAUAUGUCAUAACCAGGCUAACAGAGCUUCUUCCUUUUGUGGAUAUCAACCGAUACUGGGGCAUCAUCAGCAAGUGCUUAACAUACAGCAAGGCAGCUUCUGAUCCCUUUGCUUAUUCUCUCUUGCGCCAACAGUACAAGAAAGUAAUAGUAACAGUGGCCAAUCGCCUACUGAAACGUGACUUAUACCCUUCCUCUGGACACAACAGCUCACUGGACACUGAAAACGACUACUGUCUCCAACGAAUCAGUUAGUAGCAUUUUCUUUACACUGAAACAUCCGAAAGCGUAGAUGUCAAAGUAUAUAGGGAAAGAGGAAAGAGAGA